AGAAUACAGACUAAAAUGAGCCGAUUCAUACCCUUACUCUUCACUUCUAUAAAUUGCUCAGUCUUCACUCACUAUCCUGUCUACCACUCUCUACUUUCUCUCUCUAAAAAGGGGUGUUCUGAGAAAAUGGUGAAGGCUGUUGCCGUUCUUAACAGUAAUGAGGGUGUUUGUGGAACUAUCUACUUUGCUGAAGAAGGAGAUGGUUCGACUACAGUGACUGGGAGUCUUUCUGGCCUUAAGCCUGGACUUCAUGGCUUCCAUGUGCAUGCCCUUGGGGACACAACAAAUGGUUGCAUGUCAACUGGACCUCAUUUCAAUCCUGCUGCAAAAGAGCAUGGCGCUCCUGAAGACGAGAAUCGUCAUGCUGGUGAUUUAGGAAAUGUCAUUGUUGGUGAGGAUGGUACUGUUAAUUUCAAAAUUGUUGACAAGCAGAUUCCUCUCACUGGAUCAAACUCCAUUGUUGGAAGGGCUGUUGUUGUCCAUGCUGAUCCUGAUGAUCUUGGAAAGGGGGGACAUGAGCUCAGCAAAAGCACGGGAAAUGCUGGUGGCAGAGUAGCCUGUGGAGUUAUCGGAUUGCAAGGCUAAAAAACUAGCUCUACCGACACUCAUGGUAAGCACAUGUAGUUGAAGACAUUUGUUUUGUCAUGCAUGAGAGAUCCCUAGACAAGACUCAAAAACUUGAAAGAAUAAAGGGAAGAAGGUUGUCCUUUAUGGUGUGAUGUAUGAUGUUAUGAUCUUAAAUCUUUUGUGUUAUUUCCCAGUUAUAUCUAAAACUUCCUCUGGUUUUGCA